UCAGCCGAUUGGUGGUCGGUGCUUUUGCGUUGAGUGUUGUUUUUUACAUUUUCGGACCAUUAUUUACGUACAUUUUAUUCAUAUUGUGUGAAGGGAAGAGAAUGCAUGAGGAGAAAUGCUCCUGAAAUAAUUCCAGCCCUUAAAUAAUAGCUUAGACAACCUAAAAUGUUUGGUUCCUUACGAAGAAUUCUGCAUUGGGGUCCCAUUUGUGUUUUGGGUAUAAUAAAGCUAGUGACAUGGUCCAUGGUGCACCUGAUCGGCAUGUGGUGGCCGCCGCAGGGCUCCCUCGGCGGCGCCGUCCACGCUUGCCUGUUCCUGUUCCUCUCCGGAGGCACUCUGUACUACUUCCUGCAGUCUUUGCUCGAGGGACCGGGCUAUGUGCCUUUGGGGUGGAGACCGGCAAAUGAGAAAGACACAGAAUACCUGCAGGUCUGCACAAUCUGCAAUGGAUACAAAGCUCCACGGUCACACCAUUGUAGUAAAUGUGGGCGAUGUAUAUUAAAAAUGGACCACCAUUGUCCGUGGAUCAACUGUUGCGUGGGUCACGCCAACCACGCGUACUUCACGCACUUCUUGGCGUUCGCAGUGCUAGGUUGUCUCCAGGCGUCCAUUGUGCUGUCAAUCUGCAUGUACCACGCUCUGAACCGCGCAUGGUACGUCCAGAGCGGCGUGCGCGCUCCCCGCGUGCUGCUGACGCUGCCGACGCUGUUGCUGACGCUACUCGCCAUCGGCAUGUGCGUCGGUGUCGUGCUUGCUGUCGGUACACUGCUGUUUCUACAGAUCCGAAGCAUCCUUCGCAACCGCACCACAAUAGAAGACUGGAUCCUAGAAAAAGCAGUCUGCCGUCGCCAGGAAGCCGGUCUACCAGCCUUCGUGUUUCCCUACGAUCGGGGGUGGAAGGAUAACUGGCAUAUCGUGUUUAAGGGACAUCUGUAUGAUGGCCUUACUUGGCCGGUGAGGGAAGGUUGCGGGCAAUAUGAUCUUACACUUGAACAGCUAGCCCAAAAAGCGGACAAGCGCGUCCGUUCCCGUCUUUACACGGCCGUGGCCAACUACUCCGGUCGCUGGGUGCCCAUCUUCAGCAGGCCGAGGGCUGCGCUGGCGGCUCCGUGUACAGAUGAGCCCCGUCUACCUUUGCAGCCGGGCGACGUUAUAAGAGCUACAAGGCAGAGGAAACACUGGUUGUUCGGCGAGCGCGUGGAGGAGAGCGGCGCGGGUCGGGGCCCGCGCGGCUGGUUCCCGCGCGCCGCCGCCGCCGCCGCGCCCACCGCCCUGCUGCGCCCCAAGCCUCACCACGACUAGCACGCCGAGUACACUAGCAUAUAGAGGUGACAUUACCUAGGCCCACUUGCACCAUUCCACUAACCCGGGGUUAACCGGUUAAACCUGGCGUUACCAUGGUUACCAGUACCAUUUGACAUUAGGUUCGGUUUAUAGAAACUUUAUUUGUCUAAGAAAUUACAGGAAUUUCACUUAUAAGACUACAUAAAAAUAGUUAACUUAAAAAUUAUAAGUUACGCAAUAAGCAAGCACUUAUGACAAUGUUCAAUAAUAAGUAAGUAAGUAAGUAAGUAAGUAAAUAUUCUUAAAUACACAGUUGCAUUUGGAUUUAAACUAAUGAUUCAAACACACAGAAUAAAAUUAAGAUUGGACUCUAAUGGUCUUAACAUAAGGUUUAGAUUUAAUUGGUUAGUAAUAGGUACAUGCGAGGGUAUCUUUUUUGUUCGAGUCAUGGCUGCCAGCCUUGUUUACGGGGCCAGUUAAACCCGACCUUUAAGCAGUAGUUAAUUAUCGGUUGUCGUAAUGACAUUAUUUUAAUAAAUUAAUUGAUAUUUAUAUUUUAAAUAUAUGUUUGUAUGUAAGUUAAUAGAGUAAUUUUAUCCUAUAUAUACAUAUAUAUAUAUUAUUUUUUCCAUUUUUUUUUUAUUAUUUAAAGAACAUUUGUUUAUUUUACGCUUUUUUAAUAAAACCAGUGUAUAUGUAUAUUUUAAUUGAGAUGAAAAUAGGAGUGUUAAGCCUGUUUUUUAACGUUAACGGUUUAACUGAUUAAUCCCGGGUUAGCGGAAUGGUGCAAGUGCCCCCUAGUGACCUAGUGAAUAUACACGCUGGCCUAAAAAUAAGUAACGGGAAUGCCGUUGCCAGGGAGAUUUUGGAAUUAUAUAGUAACUUUUACUACGGAGCCAACCCCGGAAUCGCGAAAAAAAAAUUUACCCUCCCAUAGAAAAUUGACCAGCCAAAAUGUUUGAAACAGCCAAAUUUUUGCUCAGUAUAAUCCCAAAACCUCCCUGGCAACGGGAAUGCACUUAUUUUUUGGCCACCCUGUAUACUUCUUCUACGAUCAAAAUUCUGUGCUUUUGAAGUGAAUUUUUGCGUUGUUUUGCGUCGUUGUCGGUACGCGGUCCCGUAUUAAAACGCAUCUAGAAGAUGGUGCCGUAUCUCCGUUACAUUCGAUCGAUGCUUGAAAUUUUUAUUCUUUCUAGACGUGGCAAAGCGACUACAUAAUUUACCGAUUGAUCGAUCCGGCUCUGACAUCACGACAAGUAUUUUUACAAUAAAUUAUACUUACCCAGAGUUUUGUAAAUUAAACUUUAAACUUUUUGUAAACGUAAAUGGUCACAAGCUGUUGUGAGACACACUAACAUUGAAUAAUUUUACGGUUUAGACUCACUUGUUUUUAGUCACUCGAGUCAUGUCGCGCGAGUGACUAAAAACAAGUGAGUCUAAACCGUAAAAUUAUUCAAUGAUAAUGAUAUAUUUUCUGAAAGCUGCUACGCGUAACGGCCGUUGAAAAAAACAGUUUUAAUUUAGAGUUUGUUACGUUUAAUAGGAUAAACAAUUAAUUGCGUUUUCCAGUGGCUAUUAUGGCCUUAUGUGCGAUGCUAAAACGCUCGAAAGUGCUCAAUUUACAAAAAAAAAAACUUAUACGAAUCCUGUUUCGAACUGAAAGUUACUAUGUAUUUUGUUGUACUUAGAAGAAAAUUGCAAUAAAAUAAAAAAUUAAUUAAAAUUACAAUAAAGUGAUAAAGUGUUAUUGAUAAGUAGUAAGUAUUCUUUUGCUGCCAACGGUAUAACCCCAGAAGUUAUAAUGGUAUAAUGCAAAUACAAGUAACUAUUUUUUUAUGAUUUUAUUUUUAAUGCCAUUAUUUGUAUACCUACUAAUAAAUUCAGUAUUGUUUCUACAUACGAUUAUAGACCCAAUUGUAAAAAAGCUGAGGUAAAUCCUAGAAUGGGUAUGAUUACAUAUAUUAAUAUAGAUUUAGGCCACUAUGACUCAAAUGGGGCAUUAUCUAUGAAAGGGGACCUUAUUGUCGAUGGAGCUUACGCCGCACAGCGUCGCGCGGCAUUGUAUUUAUAUCGGAGCAUUGUUAAUAAUGGCGUAAGCGCCUUCGACAAUAAGGUCCCUUUUCACAGAUAACGUCACAAAUAACGGUUUCUAAUGGAUGUAACAAGAUCUCUUAAUACAGGUAUCUUAUCCUUAGACGUGGUUUAUAAAAAUGUAUGAAAUGUUGUAUGACGCGAUAUUUACGUGGUAUGUACGGACUCUAUGUAAGUGUGUACCUACCUACUGCGUAGUUUUGUACAUUUAUUUAUGUAAAUAAACUUUAUUCGAAUAAAA